GGAGUGGCGGCACAGCUCUCCGCGGUCGCCAGCAAGCUCCUGCAGGCGGCCCCAACUACGGCACCUACGAGCACGGCAACGCCAUCAGCGCCACCUUCCGCAUCCGGCGACCUGACCAAGGCCCAGCGGCAGGCCCAGAUCAAGCAGCUCGAGGCGGCGCUAAUCCCCCUACAGGGGGUCGAGCACAAGCAAGCGCUGAUCUCGGACAAGCCCCUGGGCCAACGCAGGGACAACUGCAAGGACGCCCUCGAGCGCGCCAAGAAGCGCACCCUCCAGGCGAGGGAGGCACUGGCCCUAGCGGAGCAAACAGUACAAGCGGCGGAGGCCGAGGAGCAACGCCUAACCCAGGAGCUGACGGACCUGCAGCACGAGUUGGCCGAGGCCCCAGUGCCAGAGGAGGGACUGGACGCUCUACGAGCACAUCUCGCCGCCGCCUGCGACAAAGUCGCUUCUCUGCCCGGCGCCCCGGCCGACGUCGCCGACCACGCCAAGUCCCUAAGCGCGGACCUGCUGUCCCGGUUCGAGAAGGCGUUCGAGGAGCAAGCAGAAGCGCCAACCGGUCAGCAUGCCCCCACCCCACGCAGGCACAGCACCAAAUCGGAGCCAGUGCCAGGGGUGGACACCAGUGCACCAGGAAUGCCAGUGGGCACUCGCUACCAAGGCAAGCAGCCAUUCAAGGGCCCUGUCCAGCAGCCCCUGACCAACUACUUCACAAUCCCCGCCGCGCUGCUAGCCGCUGCGAGACACCGCAUGCGGCGUGAUGACACGGAGGUCUCCUUCCUCAACCAAGCGACCUUCAACGUUCAGACGCUCGACCCGAAGGAGCAGAGGCAACUGCGCCGCAUUGGCCAGCACCUCGCUGCCCGCACGCAGUUGAUUGAGACGUACCUCCACGACCGCGGAGUCCACGUCGCUGGCAUCCAGGAGGCCCGUCUCCCAGAUCAGGGCUGCCAGGAGCUCAACCACUACUACGCGUUCACCGCUGCCGCCAACUCGGACGGCACCGGCGGCGUCCAGCUGUGGAUCCACAAGGACCUCCACGCGACCGCUAGCAAGGCCGCCACCAACGUCGUCAACCCACGCCUCCUCCGCACCGAGGCCUCUAUCGCAGGCUGCGCCGUUACGGCGAUUUCUGCGCACGCACCUGUCUCAUCGGCCCCUACCCAAGACAAGCGCGACUUCUGGGAUGCCCUGCACAGGGGGCUCCGGCAGGCGCGGCACCGGACGUCCAUCAUCGUCUUUAUCGAUGGCAAUGACGACGACGAGGCCCAUGGCGUGAACUCCAGCUACCAGUUCUCAGAGGAGUGCCGCCUCGCCAACCAUCUCGCCGACGCGGCCGAGCUCCUCGGCAGCGAGGAACCCACGUGGUUCGGCAUACCGGGCCACGAAAAGCGGUGCGACCACAUCUGGCUCGGUCCUCGAUGGCAGCAUCAUCUACGGAGCGUGCAGGUCUACGACGACAGCCUCAGCUUCACCGAGAGGGAGGACCACAAGGCACUGGGCGCGCAGCUCGCCCUCCCCGUACUCCUGGAGGAGCAUCCUCCGCCUUCGCUCAAGGUCAGCCCGGCCCGGCUCUGCGACGAGGGCGUGCGCAUGGCUUUCCAGUUGGACAUGCAGCAGGCCGCCCACGAGCUCCAGCAGUACGUCCACGACGGCCCUGACCGCUACCCCCAGCAGCUCAUCCACCGGUUCGAAAUCAAGCAGUCUGGCGCGGCCACCGCGUCCAGAGACUCCGGCUUACCCGUGCGUUUCUGGAAUGGCGAGCAACAAGCCUACAUGACCGACGCGACCGUGAUCGUGCACAACACCUCUUACAGCAACUUCCCGACGCUCAUCGCCAAGCGGACCGAGGAGCUGGCUCUCCAGGCCGACGCGGCCGACCAGAGCGGCGACGCCAAGCAGUUGCACAACACUGCCAGACAGCUCAAGGCGCGCAAGGGCUUCCGCAAGCACGCCGAGACAUUGGACGAACGCGGCACUGCGCUCUUCGACCCCGACGAGAUCCAGCGCAGAUGGGAGCGGCAUUGGUCCUCCUUGUUUGCCGGCAUUUGCCUAACUGUGACAGCUUUGUCAGAGCCCCCCCCUGCCGGGGAUCCGUUGCGGCGGCCGCCGCAGCGUUUGCAUCGUGACCGAGUGCGGCAUAAUCUAUAUCGCAUUCACCCGAAGAAGGGCCUCGGCCCAGACGGCAUCAGCGCGUCCAUUUGGCGAACCGGUGGGGAGGCCGCGCUGGACAUGGUGAUCCCGUUGUUCGAUAUUUCGUUCACUGCCGCCCAGGCCCCCAUCGCGAUGAAGGUGGGGAAGCUCUGGGACAUCUGGAAGCAGAAGGGCGACCCUGCGGUGUGCGGCAACAGCCGCGGCAUCCUCGUCUCCGACCACCUAUCCAAGUGGUACUGCAUGUCGAUCGCCGAGCCCGUCUUCCGAGCGGCUCCUAACGCCCUGGGCCUAGCGCAGUGUGGUUCCAUGCCGGGGAGGGAUGCCGCGCUUCUCACCACGGCCAUCCAAACGUUCAUCGAGCGUGCCCUCCACCAGCGGCGGUCUUGGGCACUGCUCUUCCUGGAUUUGGCCAAGGCUUUCGACUCCAUCAUCCGCGAGUACCUCUACGGCGUCGGCCGUGGCAAGCUCUCGGACCUCUCCGCGGACCUGCAGCGAGCUGGCAUCCCCGCGCCUGUCGCGCAGGAGGCCCAGACAUACCUCGAGACGCACCCGCCUCUACUGGAGCAGGCGGGCAUGACGCCAGAGGAUGUCCGGCAGAUCGCCGACUGGCAUACUGGCACCUGGUUCGCCGUCCGUGAGGUUGUCGGUUGGGCGCGCUUUGCUUUAAUUUGGCCUACGAGCUUGCACUGGGCCGCGCACGACAACGGUUCCGGGAAGCCGGCCGGCAUCGCCCUCGAGCUUCGGACCCCGAAGCACGUUGCUAUCCCCUGGGCCACCGCCCUCGACUCCAGGGAGGACCUCCACGAGACCACAAGCACCGACGUCGACGGAGAGUACGUCGAUGACGCCGUCUUCGCCUUCCUCGAGACGGAGCACGGCGGGCCCCAGCAGGUGCUGGACCAGCUCGGCAUGGCCACGGACAUCCUGGUCCACGAGUUCGCGCGCCUCGGUCUCACAAUAAAUUUCGGUCCAGGGAAGUCCGCCGCCAUGGUCAAGCUUUUCGGCAACGGCUCCAGGAAGCUCCACCAGAGCGCACUCCUGGAGAACGGACGCGAGCAGUUCACCUCCCCGGGCGGCUUCGCCCUGGAGAUCGUUCACCACUUCACCCACCUGGGCACGAUCCACCAGGACGCUGGAGGCCACCAGGCCGACGGCCGACGCAAGGCGGCGAAGGCGCAGCAGGCCUUCGCGCCGCUGGCCGCCCCCAUCUUCGGCUCCAAGGCCAUUGCGGAGCCCACCAGGAUCAAGCUCGCCAACUCUCUCGUGCUCUCGCGCAGCCUGUUUGCAGUGGCGGCAUGGCGAGGUCAGCUCGACAGAGGAUGGCGCCCGCUGGAGGCCCAGUACCACCGAGUGCUUCGCCGCAUUCACGGCUCCAUGCGCUUCAGGGCCCCCGGCACGCCGACGGACCUCGAGGUGAGGACCGCGCUGCAGGCCCCACCGCUCGCCUCAUUGGUGCGGGCGCAGCGUCUUGCAGGCCUUGGCUCGCAGCUGCAAGCGCCGCCGCUGGUGAUGCGCUGCAUUGCGGCCGUGCCCAAGCCCGCGUCUGCCACCCAUCUCCUGACGGACCUCAGGCAUCUGGCAGCUGCAUUUCCGGCGGAAACGCAGGCCCUCGGAGACCCAUUUCAUUUUCCAGCCGCCUGGCGCGAGUUCAUCCUGUCGGAGCCCGCGAGAUGGAGGCGGCUUUGUCACGCAUUCCGCGCAUGCCCUUGCAAGGCCCCGCAGUCCCAGGCGGCCAUGCGCCGGCAGCGAGGGAAGCAACCUGCCCCGCUUGGGCGGGUGACCGCGCCGGUCCCGACUCUGACAUGCCCUGACUGCCAGAGGGAAUGCCGCGGCCCCAAAGGCCUGGCCGCUCACAGGAGGCACGCGCACGGCAUAAAGAUGCAGGCGCGGUUUCACAUCCUUGGCACGGAGUGCCCAGCCUGCUCCAAGGAUUUCUAUACGCGCCCCCGCGCGCUCCACCACCUCCAAUUCUCCAGCAAGCAGUGCAGAGCCCGGAUGAUGCAGGGAUACCUUCCUGCCUUCUCGGCUUCCCAGGUCGCCGAAGCCGACAGGGCCGACGCGGCGUCCAACCGCGGCCGCACAGCGAGGGGCGAAACGCGCACUCGCGCUCUCUGCCCGCCGCGCCCCGCAGCAGAGUUGCAGCCCGCGGAUGCUUCGUCAAGGGGACCGUCCGCAUAG